GAGAUGAACCGGGAAGCAAGUAAGUGACCUGACGAUACUUGACAGCAUUUCGUUCCGCAUUCCAAUGCAUCUGCCACGGUUCACGCCAGCACAUGUAGUGAACCACCAUGAAUAACGACACCCCACCCAGCGAAUCCGACACACUGCGAACAUGCCAUGUGUGUCGACCAGACUCUCGCCGCGAGGGCAUGCUCGUCGUCCCUACGAUCCCAGCAUGCUCCCUGUCCUGCCAAACGCACCGCACGCAUCGGCGGGCGUGCCACGCCCCGGUGCGAGGUCAGGCCACAUGCAACAGCGGAAUCUGUGGAAUACAAGCACACAGCAGGAGCGGAUGAAUAUCAAGAAUUUCUGGCUAAGCCUAUCGGAAGAAGAUCGCAAGGCAUUGUUGAGGAUAGAGAAGGAGGCCGUCUUGAAAAAGAUGAAGCAGCAGCAAAAGUCCUCAUGCUCGUGCACCGUGUGCGGUCGCAAGCGCACCGCGAUAGAGGAAGAGCUCGAGGUAUUAUAUGAAGGCUAUUAUGAAGAGCUGGAACAUUAUGCGAACGAGCCUGCGCCGCUUUCUACAACAAAUGGAUUGGUACCGGAUCCCUUGCACCAUCGCCGUCCCCAUCCUCUCGCGACUCCACCACCUCCCAUGCCACAUCAUCACGGCCCAAGUCAUAUGCAUGAGGACCUCGAAGAGGAAGAGUACAGUGACGAAGAAGAUGAAUAUAGCGAAGGAGAGGAGUACUCUGAAGAUGAAGAACUCGAACCUCUGCCCGAGCCGCAGCGCGUCAAGCAAGGCGUAUCGGACUUCUUUAAUUUCGGCGACCAUCUGGCUGUCAAAGACAAUUUACUCACGGUCGCCGACGAUCUGCUGAAGAAUGAUGGACGGAAAUUUAUCGAGAUGAUGGAGCAAUUGGCGGAGCGACGGAUGCAGCGCGAAAGUCGAUCGCAAUACGAGGCCGACAACCAUUCAGGCUAUCCUCCUAAUGAACAAUCCUACAACCACGAUGAUGCUCUCACCGCUGGUGACGACUUUGACGAUGAUGAAGGCUCGUACGACAGCGGUGAGGAAUACGACGAGGAUCUGGACGAAGACGAUGAGACGGGUGGGCUAACCGAGGAACAACGCAUACAGGAAGGGAGACGGAUGUUCCAGAUAUUUGCUGCGCGGAUGUUCGAGCAGAGGGUCCUCACAGCUUAUCGAGAAAAGGUUGCUAAGGAGCGGCAGGAGCAAUUACUACAGGAUCUUGUGAAUGAGGAAGAACGAGAAAAGGCGAAGGAGCUCAAGAAGCAACGGGAUGCCCAAAAGAGGAAGGACAAGAAGAAGCAACAGCAACAGGCCAAGGCAGAAGAAAAAGCGAGGCGAGAUGCCGAGAAAGCUGAGGAGGAAGCACGCUUGCGCCAGGCUGAGGAGCAGAAGCAGGAGGAGCAAAGGCGGAAGAAGGAGGAGCAGCGUAAGAAGCGAGAGGAGGAGAAGCGGAAGCUGGAGGAAGAAAAGGCUCGUAAGGAAAUGGAGAAGUUACGUCGGCAGCAAGAGGAGCAAUCACGACGGGAGGAGGCUGAGCGCAAAGCGCGUGAGCUCAAAUCUGCAGAGAAAGCACGCAAGGAGGAGGCGCGGAGGCGGGAACGCGAGGAACGGGAGUCUCGCGAAAAGGAGGCACGGGAACGGAAGAAUCUGGAGGACAAGGAUCGAAAGGAUCGCGAAGCCAAGAACAAGCUCGACAAGGACGCUCGAGAUCGAGAAAAGACAAUUCCACCUGCGACGCAUCCACAUCCAACCCAGAUUGCCAAACGACCAUCACAAAUGGGCAUGGUCGCAAUUCCUGCUGUACAUCCAAAACAGCUGCCAGGAUCAGGCAUCUCAUCAUCCCCUCGUCCCUUGCCCACACGACCUCGACAACCCUCGCAACAGAAUUCACUGCCAUCUUCGUCCCCCCGGCAAGCACACAAGGCGUCAUCACCCGGCUCUGGCGGGCAACAGCAACAGAACCAACCCAAGACAAUCCUGCAGAAGAGCAACCCACAUCAAGCCAGUCAACCACAUGCUCUAUAUCCGCUACCCUCGGCAUCUCCGUUGCAUCACCAACCACUCCAGCCUCCCCCUGGCAUGACACAUCCCCAUCAGCACCAUCAUCCCGGUGCGUUUGGCGGUGUUGGUCCUAUGGGAUUCUCUGGAUUUCCAGCUCCUCAUAAUAACAUGAUGCCUCCACCGAUAGGGCUUCCGCGAGGACCGAUGCCCAUGUAUCCACAGCAAGGGCCGCCAAUGGGCAUGGGAAACAGGAUACCGUUCAAUCCAAGCAUGAAUGGCAUGCCAGGUCUGCCGCCGGGAAUGAGCAAUGCCCCUAUUCGGAAUUUCGGUUUCGACAUGGCAGGCCCGAAUCAACCACCGCCAGGCUUCAUGCAUCAGCAGCAGCAGCAUCCCGGUACCCCUGUUUCCUCCAUUGGACAAUCACUGUCGGGUCAGCAUACUGAGGCGCAGCGGAAUGGUGACCUGACACACUCCCGCCAACCCUCGGUAACAGACAGGGAGCGAUUUGAAGGGACGACCGCAAGCCAGCCCAUAGCACGACCAGCGCCGAUCGGUCGACCGAGCAGCGUCAAACCACCAUCGGAGCGGAGACCCAACCACGCGGACACAGACGAGACUUCGAAGCAUCUGGGCAGCUCCGCUCUUCUAGAUGACACCGACGAUCUCCAGCCGGCCUUGGGCAUUCGACGGCACUCUGGAGCUCCUUCCGGCGCUCGAAACAUCUCAGGUCCUCCGGGCAUGGGCCAGCUUGGAGGUUUCGGCGGACCGGGCGCCUCGUUCGGUGCUCCCGGGAGCAGCUGGAACACCCCUAAUAUUCCAUUUGGUCAAGGACCUGGACUCGGCCAGCCCAGCUGGGGUAGUCUCCCGAGUACAAGUCCAGGCAUUAACAUGGGAAGCUGGAUGGGAUCGAACAAUAUGAUGUCGCCUGGGGUGCCAUUUGGUGGACCACAGCAUCAUCACAACAUGCACGGCCCGCCGGCAGGGGUUCCCAUGAGCCGGCCACGUGCAAUCCGCAUCGCCAUCUGCCAAGCUUGCCGCCAGCUCUCUAGCCGCGGCGAGGAGCUCAACGAUACCAAGUUCCACCCGAUGGAAAACGUCAUGCGUCAAAUCGAGCUCAGCCGCACAUUACCCGUCGAUGCGCCUGCGACGCUUGAUGAGAUCAUUGCCCUCUGUAGUACAGAAGGCGACAGCCUCAACGGUGGUGGCGAGCUGAUCCUCCGCAAAGACCCGGCCACACCCUCAGAUCAUGCUCCGGCAAAUGCCUACGCUGUGAGGUGGGAGUCAGAUCAGGCGCCAAUGGAGAAUGGCAUCGCCUUCGGGAACGGACAUGCUCGUACCGGUCUAGGCGAAAUCGGCAGCCCGAUGCCGAGCAAGUCGAGCCCGAUUGCUGCACCAGGCUUUGGCAAGAUGGGAGGCAUCGGUCGGGGUCUGAACGGACUUGGUGCACCAGGUAGUGGAAACAACUCCGUGGCGCUUCAGCAUCCCACAGGAUUUUUCCAGAAUCUCGGCGCCGUUGGUCAAGGUGGACUGUAAUGGUUGGAAAACCCGUGUCGGUUCCUUUGCGCUGUACUUGGGCCUGGUCGAGCAUGCGGAGGCUCUCCGCCGUUACGGUAGAUCCUUGGAUGAAUUCUUGCCGUUCAUGAUGUAUGUUGUGUUGUAGCUCAUGUCGAAUCGAGCAACAUGCUUCUCGUUGUCUUGUGGACCUUGCGCCUGUCCUUAUUUCUCGUGGUCAUCGUAAUGUAUGAUCUCUCUCAACGCGUG